CACACCACACACAACGAGUACUACAUCGCCAUGUGGGUUCCGAGAUUAGUGGGUCGUUCCCUGAGCCAACUGAAGACCAUUCAUACGGUUCAGUUCAGUUCUCGCCAAAUCAGUGUGAAGAUCGUGAAUGAAUCGAAUAUCGAGGUGCAGCCGGAGGCGAAUGCCAAGCCGCUAACUUUUCCGGGUGUUUGGCUGCGGGACAAUUGCAUGUGCGGUGAUUGCUUUCACGGCAGCUCCAAGUCGCGUAAACUGGACUGGGACAACUUCGAUACCCGCAUCCGGCCACUCAGCCUGCGGACAGAUGAGCAGUCCAAGGAGGUGCUGGUCAAGUGGAGCGAUGCACACGAGAGCCGAUUCCCGUUGUCGUGGCUACAGGAGCGCAGUUUCGAGCCGGAUAAACAGCAGAAGUACCUGCGGGACUUCUACAGACCCACAACGAGACACUGGUCGGGUGCGCAGUUUCAGGAGAUUGCCCAGCACUUCAGCUACGACGAGGUGAUGUCGCAGGACUCGGUGCUGAUGCAGUGGCUCCAGGCGCUGGCCAUCUACGGCGUGGCACUGCUCCGUGGUGCGCCGCUGGAUGAGGGCGUGGUGCGGCGACUGGCGGAUCGGGUGGGCUUCAUACGGCGCACCACCUACGGCGAGGAGUUUGUGGUGCAGGCCAAGCCGGGUGCCCAGAAUUUUGCCUAUCUCUCGCUGCCACUGCCCCUGCACACGGAUCUGCCCUACUACGAGUACAAGCCCAGUGUCAACAUCCUGCACUGCGUGGUGCAGACGGACUCACCUGGCGGCAGCAAUAUGCUGGUGGAUGGCUUCCAUGUGGCCGACCUCCUGCGCCGCGAUCAUCCCGAGGACUUUGACCGCCUCAGCCGCGUGGUCGUCGAUUGGAACGACAUUGGCAGCGAGGACGGACGCGAGUUUCACAACAUCUGGCGGGCACCAGUCAUUUGCUUGGAUGCCGAGGGACGAUACACGCGGAUAAAUCACAGCGUUCCGCAACGGGACAGUCACUUCAACGUGCCGCUCGCGGAGGUCCUGCCGUGGUACGAGUCCUACGCGCGCUUCGUGCGCCUGGCCAUCGCGGAUAGCCACGCCUUCAAGACGCGUCCCGGCGACGUCCUGACCUUCAACAACAUUCGCCUGCUCCACGGACGCACUGGCUACGAUGACUCGGAGCAGAGUCCGCGCUACAUAGUGGGCGCCUAUCUGGACUGGGACAUCAUAUACUCGCGCCUGCGGGUGCUGAAAAAACGAUCGACUGCGACUGCGAGUUGCCAAUAAAAGGCGAGAUAACAUAUUUUCCAAGCCAUUUGAUGUAAGCUUCUCAUUUGAAUACUUGCCCCAGCAAGUACUUUGCCAGCAGCCACAUAUGCUCCUGAAUCCUGCGUUCUGAAUCCUGAGUUCUGAAUCCUGAAGCAUCCUGGCAUCUUGGCAUCCAGCAUUCAGGGAAUCCUCCUAAUCCGGUUUAGCUUAGGGCGCCAAUUUCGGCAGUUAAACCAGCUCAAGCGCAAAAAUGAAAAGUUGUAAAAAAUCGCGAUGAUCCUGGCGAUGAAAAAAAGUCACCACGUUGGGUAGGAGCGCUAAAAUUUGAUGGGCGGUGGGGGAAA